CCGUUAGCGAUUAAAGCCGUAAGGAGUCAGCGUCAAGGUUCCCGAUGUGUAUGUACACUGUACAGCAGCGUUCGAGUAGCGCCUCGCUGCUGCGGUGCAAACGUAUUAAUCAUUUGAACGUCUUAUCAUUCUGCUGCGGUAUACACAUACAGUGUACAGUGCACAACACAGAUCAGCUGGAAAACCGUCUUCUAAGACAAUGUAGGAAGACGCACGCUACGGAAUACACAUCUUGUUAAGUGCCUCGGAUUAUCCCUUCGUUUAGAAUACAUCGUGCACGUGCGGCACAGUUAACUGUCAGGAGGAUUGAAUCAGCAGGGGAAAGAGCGUUUGUGUCGACUGGAUUGCAGAGGACUCCACCGCUCACUCCGUACAUAACACGCCGAGAUCCUUGUAUAUUUCCCUACAGUAUUUUCGCAGUUCGUCCGUGAGUGGCUGCAGCGAUUGUCGGGGAGCCGUCGGAUAACUGCAAGGAGAGAUGAAUUAUCUGGUAGCGGCCGUUGUGGCGGUCGCGGCCGGUUGGCUGGCGCGCUGGCUGUGGCUGGGCUUCCUGCAGUACCGCCGCGUUAAGCACUACAUGGACCUCCUGCCCGGCGACAAGCCCCGCCCCUUCCCCGUCGGCCACUACGGCAUGCUCAGCAGCAAACACGACGAAUGGUUCCGGGACGUGUACGCGCUGUUCCAACGCGUCCGCGCCACCUCCCCGCUGGGCGUCUUCCAGUUCUGGCUGGGGCCCUUCCCCUACGCCGUGCUGACCAAGGGCGUCGCCGCCGAGACCGUGCUGAGCAGUUCGCGCCACAUCGAGAAGGGCCGCGACUACGAUUUCCUGCGGCCGUGGUUGGCCAGUGGUUUGCUGACCAGUAGCGGCGAGAAGUGGCGCAGUCGGCGCAAAUUCCUCACGCCGGCCUUCCACUUUCACAUCCUCAACGACUUCCUCGAGGUCUUCUACGAGCAGAGCGUGGUGCUGGUGCAGCAGCUGACCGCCCGGGCCGGCGCCGAGGCCGACGCGUUCGAUAUAUAUCCCUUUAUUACGCGCUGUACGCUGGAUAUUAUUAGCGAAACCGCCAUGGGAAAGAAGAUCAACGCGCAGACUAACAGCGAAUCCGAAUACGUCAAGGCCGUUUACAGUGUUUCGGACAUUAUUUUCGACCGCAUGAUCCGUCCGACGAUGAUCUGGGACCCGAUCUUCUACACCCUGGGUCGCGGCCAGCAGUUCAAGCGCGACCUGAAGACCCUGCACGACUUCACCGACCGCGUCAUCGAGGAGCGGCGCUCCGGGGGCGGCGAUCAGCGUCGCAGUAGCGCGCAGCCGACACCUCCCGCGGGCGGCGGCAAGCGGGGUCCACGCAUGGCCUUCCUAGACUCGCUGCUGCAGGCGCGUACGGAGGACGGCCAGCUGCUGGACAACGCCAGCAUCCGCGAGGAAGUGGACACCUUCAUGUUCGAGGGCCACGACACGACGGCCGCCGCCGCCAACUUCGCCGUGUACUUGUUGGGCGGUCAUCCCGACGUACAGGAGAAGGCGCGCCAGGAGGUGGACGCCGUCUUCGGGCGGUCGACGCGCUGCCCGACGGUGGAGGACUUGAAGAGUCUGCCGUAUCUGGAAAAGGUCAUCAAAGAGACGCUGCGCUUGUUCCCCUCGGUACCGUUUAUUACGCGAAAAGUCAAUGAGGACUUCCACAUAGGCGAACACCUGAUCCCUGCGGGCAGCAGCAUCCUGGUGUACAUCUACGCCAUGCACCGCGACGAGGACGUCUUCCCCGAGCCGCAUAAAUUCGACCCGGACCGCUUCGACACCGCCGGCGAGGGCGGCGGGGACGCCUUCAGCACGGCCUUCGACUACGUGCCCUUCUCGGCCGGGCCGCGCAACUGUAUAGGACAACGGUUCGCGUUGAUGGAGGAGAAGACGAUUCUUAGCACACUGCUGCGGCAUUUCACCGUGGAGUCGCUGGUGCCGCUGGAGGAUUUUACGGUGCAGGGACAGCUAAUUACGCGCCCGGUACAGGGCGUGCGCGUCCGUCUCCACAAGCGAAUAAAUUAAUUAAUCCGCGCCGACUUAGUUGACUAAGGAUGACAAAGUUUUACUGACAAGGGACAAGGUGCACGUAAGGAUGACAAGGUUUUACUGCACAUAUAAUAAAUUUGUAUGCCUGCUUAUCGGGAUGAAUGUCUGAAGGAUUUUUAAACAUUUAACGGCAUUGAAAUGUUGUGCUGUAUGUAUGUUUGAUUAGCGACUGGUGGCAAAGCAACGCACGUACAUAAUUUUAUCUGUACGUUAAUAAUGAAGCGAAUACAUUUAUCCAAUGUCGAAACAGUUUUCCAUGCUGAACAUUGUAAUGAGCGCGAUCAUCAUGCAGUGGCGAAAAAUGACAUUCAGUAUUAAAGAAGAAC